GAGGAACUCAGCAGUCAGAAGGAUGGCUGCAGUGAGCGUGUGCGCUUGUUGGGAAAUCACCGCAAAAUUUUAGAUCCACUUUUCCCGAAAACUCCGUCCCGUUCUCGAGUUCACUGUUCAUCACCAUUAUUUUGUUGUGUUCUUGUCCCCGAAGAACCAUCGACGGAUACUGGCGGAUAUUCUAAGUAUUAGAGCACCGUCGCGGACAAACAGUGCAGUGCGUUUUCGCAGCAUCAGGAAUUGAAGUUUAAAGAUACCUUUACCACAUCUCUACAUCGCAGUUCUCAGGCCUGUAUUUUUUCUCUCUCUGGUCAAGACAGUAAAUUUUUCCUUCUGCCCUGUUAACACACAAACCGAGAGACCGACAAAACAAAAUUCUUGUCUGUUGAAGAUAAAAUGCAUAAGGAAACCGAAGGAAUCGCAUCAUGGAAUUGAUUUUAAAGUAGAUAAAUAACGCGAGAACGAAUAAUAUUUUCUCCGGUGGAUGGAUACCUUUAUGCAAUUAGUGAUGCAAGAUUUAGUGUGAUCGAAGUGGUCCACUUCAAAAUGAGCGUGAUCCGAAGAAAAUGUUAGUGCGAAUCAAAGGAAUGGCGGGGUGCUAUUUGUGGCGUUCGCGUUCCACCCGGAAUCGUAAAAAUCAUAAAUUUAUGCGAAUCUAAAAUGGACGUUAAUCAACAAAGUACGCAUAACAGCAGCAAGGGUCGGAAAAGUUUUGCCAGCAGGAGCAGGAGCGGAAAAGGCAAGGACGGUGGCUGCGAUGGUUGUGUGAGAGAGCAUGUGCCAUAAGGAUAUAGAGGGAAAACGAACGAACGAACGAGGAGUCCCAAGUGGUUGUGACGGUGUGCGUGCGAAACGUGCCCGUGUUGUGCGUGGUGUGUUUAUCAACAUUUCAUGAAGUGCGAGAAUCGGAAUCACCCUUUUCGCACGACGUUUGAAGAAGUGAUUCAGUGAAAGGUGGCUGGCGGAAAAAAAAGAGUGGGGCAACCGGGAAACAAGUGCGUGUUAAAUGCCAUCGGAGAAUUGUGAGUGAGCCCCGGUCGGGUGGCCGUGAUUUUGGUUUGGUUGGUUCCACUGAUUGUUACUGCGGAAUCGAAGUGGCAGCGCGGCGCGGAUUUUGAAUAGUUUCGCAUUUCUUUUGGGACUCGUGGCGUACGUGGCAAUUGGCCGUUCGUCAGAUUGGCUGGGAAUCACAGACAAGGGGGCCCCGUUAAAGUUUCAGUGGUUGGAAGCGGUGGCCCUGGUAAUAGGAUCUGGCGACGCGAGCGGAUAGGCAUGACCGAGCCCGAUUCCGAUGAUGUUGCGUUUCUUACAGGUGGUGACAGUACCAGCGGCCGGCCGGCACGGGAAGGAGUCGCCGUAUGUUCACAGAAGCGAGCGCUAUGCGUGACAGCAAUUGUGUUGGGCACAUUACUCGCUACCGCUCUGGUGAUAGCUUACGCUGGACCCCAGACUGUGUGUCCCUGUGCGGGGAAGAUUCCACCUGGGUUCACCCCGGAGGGAUACAACAGCUCGGAGCCGUUUCAACCGAUCGCCACAAAUGGGCAGCCGUUCCCGUGGCUCCUGCCAACCCUGCCGAAUAAUGUACGACCGAAUCGGUAUGUGCUGACGAUACAUCCCAACUUGACCACCCUGGAUGUGAAAGGUCAAGUUACGGUUGAGUUUUACGUCGAAAAGGAAACCAAUUUUAUUGUGCUACAUGCACAAGAUUUGAACAUAACAGAGAAGGCUUUGGUAGGCCCAAAAGGAUACGCGCUGAAGAUCCUGCGAAUAUUGGAAUAUCCUCCGCGGCAGCAACUUUACAUAGAGCUGAGGGACAAGUUGAGAAAAAAGGCUAAUUACACGCUUAGUAUUCGAUGGUACUCGAAGCUCAUUACCGAGCCGGAUGGCUUCUUUGUGGACCAGUUUGAAACGGAGCCAAAUGUUAAGAAAAUAUUGGCAGCAACAGUUUUGAGUCCGGGAAGCGCUAGGAAGGCAUUUCCGUGCUUUGAUGAGCCACAUCUGAGGGCUUCGUAUCGGAUAUCCCUCUUCCGGGAUCGGUUCCACAUAGGGCUGUCGAAUUCGAUCGUCCAAGAUACGGACGACGUGGGAUUUUACAUGGGAACUGGAUUGCUCCGAGACGAUUUCGCUGACACACCACCGCUUCCACCGGAUUCGAUCUCCUGGGUGAUCAGUGACUUCAAGCGACAGCUUCUGGAUCCAUCACCGAUCUAUCAAACCGUCAACGUCACCAAGGAGACCCACAAGCCGCUGCUAGAGCCAACGAAACAUCCAUCUAAACUGACCAAGGCGGAGAAAAAGCCGUUCCGAAAUUUAACUGCCGUUCUAUUGUCGAAAAAUCUUUUCAAGUUGACGAACAAUCAACCGUCCGCAAAAUCACUCAGUGCAAAUGAGACCAUAACCGCGGUAGCGGAGAGCGUCAUUCAGGGAAAUGCCACCACUCGGAGUGGCAACGGAACCGAGACGAAUCAUACCAGCGCCAAUGAUGCGCUGGAGAUCAAGACGGCACCGGCGUAUUCGUUUUACGCCCCAAAGCCGUACGUAGAUAAGGGAAGCUUUGUGCUGCACACAUCUCGAGACAUACUGGAAUACUUGCAGCAGUGGUUGGGUGUAGCCUAUCCGCUGUCAAAGCUAGAUUUCAUCGCUAUGCCAACACUGAACGAAGAUCUGACGAGCUCGCUAGGGUUGAUCGUUUGUCGAACGUCGUUUCUGAAUUCGCCGGAGAAAAUAUCCACCAAAGAUUAUCACAUGUCAGUGGUGAAGAUAUCGGAGGGAAUUGUGAAGCAGUACUUCGGUGGAUUGAGUUCUCCGAAGGCGUGGAAACAUGUUUGGUUAUGGGAAGGCAUCAUCAAGUAUCUCAGCAGGUUCAUAUUAACACCGAUUCGGCCUUUAUGGCCAAUGAGCGAGUUGUUUCUGAUCGAAACUACGACUCGAGCGAUGGAUAUUGAUACUUUGCAGGGUUGGGAGAGCAUCCAUACGGGAACGACUGAAUCGGGAGACAAUGAGGCGUUCUUCAUCGACAAAUCAGCAUCGAUGCUCGCGAUGUUACAAUCAGCAAUUGGUGAGAGCAAUUUUCGACAAUGUUUGGGGAAAUUUCUGAAGGUUUUUGGAUAUCAGACGGCGGAACCGAUCGACCUGUGGACGGUUUGUUCGAAGCAAGUCAACAACAGUAAAAACGUGAAAGAGAUGAUGAACGUUUGGACAAAUUUGGCAGGUUUUCCGCUGAUAAAUGUCACACGCGAAGGCGACGAGCUCCACAUAAGCCAAAUACCCUUUGCUCCGGCUGAAUUUGUUGCGAUUCACGACGAUCCUGCCGUAGAGGACAGUGAUCAAGCAUCAACUACGACAACUAGCACGACGACGGUCGCUCCGGUCACUCAGAGUAGUAAAGAGAAAAAGCGACACCGGUGGACAUUCCCGAUUAGCUAUGUAACCAGCAAUAGCGAGCAACUGCCAAAGACGAUAUGGUUCAACACAACUGAAACAAAAAUAACACUCAAUCAUUCCCCCAAAUGGAUCAAGUUGAAUCACGAGCAAACUGGAUACUAUCGGGUGCUUUAUCACGAGGACAAUUGGAUCAAUUUAGUCCAGCAGCUGCAGAUCAAUCAUCACAUUUUCAAUACACAGGAUCGGGUUGGACUCGUGUCAGACAUCUUCACGCUGUGCCACGCGAACCUGCUUCCGUGUGACUUUGCGAUGGAUUUGAUCUCGUACUUCCCGAAGGAGCAGGAUUGGGGUCCAGUGCUGGUGGGUCUGAAGCAUUUGGAAAAAUGGCGCAAGAUUCUCAAGUACUCCGAAUGUUAUCUGGUACUGGCAGAGUACAUCCGCCAGAACUUAGCCAAAUCGAUCCAGGAACUAACCUGGAACGAUACCGGAAAGGAAGAGUUGAAGUUACUUCGGCCGGCGGUGUUGUUGAGCGCCGUCCUGUGGGAAGAACCGGAGGCGAUCCGGAACGCCAAAGAGCUAAUGAACGACCAAUCGAGCAUCCCACCGAAUCUACGCUCGGUGGCAUACAUUGGAUCGGUGCUUUCGGGCGAGAUUCGCUACUGGCAGGACUGUUGGGCGCUGUAUAAUUCGAUGCGUCGCGAGAAGGAUAUUGGCUCCGAGGAGCGAAUGGAGCUGUUGCGAGCUCUGGGUGUGACAAAGGACGCCUGGCUGCAGAAUCGACUGCUGUCCCACGUCAUUACACUGCCCGUGACGGAGAUCGUUCAGGUGCUGGAGACAAUCGCCGGAACCCCGACGGGGGGAGCGAUGGCGUGCCGCUUUCUGCAGGCCAAGUGGUUCGACUUCCAGUCCAAGCUUGGCAAGGGAAGCGUGAAUUUCGCUCGGGUCAUAUCGGCCAUCACGCAGUACGGCUCGACAAAGUUUGAUUAUGAUGAGUUGAAAUCACUGGUGGAACGUUUCGGAGAGGGACCGGGCAUGAAGAACCUGAACAUGACCCUGAGCAUGGUUGCGGCCAACGUGGAGUGGGUCAGCCGUUCGCAGACGUCCAUAUACAACUGGAUCGAGAAGAAAUAUCCCUUCCGAUAAGUGAGAACGGCUGUGAGACACAACAUCAACCAGAGAGACAGAGAGUUUCUAGUGCGGAAACGAGAAGCGAACAACAGGCUCCUGGAUGAGACAAAAACAAAAACUGAGAAAGAUAACAACAACAACAACAAAAAACACAAUGAUAUACAAC